AUGAUGCUCUCUGCUCUUAACCCUUACACUAUUGACAAGGAGUUUAUCAAGUGGUAUGAUGACUUGGAGCUUACUGACUUAGGCCGUUGUGGUCCCUUCUUUACUUGGCAUAGAGAGGGUUGUGAAAGCCGUAUCGACAGAGUGGUAGCCAGUGACAAGUUCAAGGAGUCCUUCCCCGAAGCCAUUAUGAAGAACUUACCUUGGUUCAAGUCUAACUACCAGCUAGUUCUUCUUACUCCCACUUCUGUUACCACGCGACGUAAACAAGAGAGGCUGUUUCGCAUGAAUGCUGCUUGGUUUCUUCAUGAUGACUUUGACACAAUGGUGAAUAAUUGGAGUUUCAACGUGUUUGGUCAUCUAGGAAGACAGAAAAAUCGCAUUCUCAACCUCUUAGAUGGCAUCAUUAAAAACUAUGGCUCCACCGAUUAUUCUUCCUCUAUUGAAAAACUUCAAAGAUAUCUUUGGAUGGAGUUAGAAGACAUCCUCAUUAAAGAAGACUUGAUGUGGGCCCAGAAAGCAAAAUGCAAGUGGUUUGCUAUGGGAGAUAGGAAUACAAAGUUUUUUCACGCAAAAGCAAAUGGGAGACGAUGCAGAAACAAGAUUGAAGCUAUUAAAGAUGAAGCUGGUAUUUGGACUAAUGAUGUCUCUCGAAUUAAGUACAUGGCCACUAACUUCUUCACCAACCUGUUUAGCAACGAGGACAUAGAUGGAGCUUACCCGCAAAUUGAUUGUACCUUCGCUCCCUUAGACAAGUCUUACAAGGAAGAUCUUCAACGUAGAGUCUCCGAGGAGGAAAUUAGAGGAGCAAUCUUCAGUAUGGGAGCACUUAAAUCCCCUGGUCCUGAUGGUUUAACGCUCUCUUCUUUCAACACCAAUGGAAGAUGA